AUGAGGAUGUGUGACAGAGGUAUCCAGAUGUUGAUCACCACUGUGGGAGCUUUCGCUGCGUUUAGUUUAAUGACCAUUGCGGUGGGCACAGACUACUGGCUGUAUUCCCGAGGCGUAUGUAGGACUAAGUCUACAAGUGAUAACGAAACCAGUCGGAAGAACGAGGAAGUCAUGACCCAUUCAGGGCUUUGGAGGACCUGCUGCCUGGAAGGUGCUUUCCGAGGGGUAUGUAAGAAAAUUGACCAUUUCCCUGAAGAUGCAGACUAUGAACAAGACACAGCUGAGUAUCUGCUGAGGGCUGUGAGAGCAUCCAGUGUCUUUCCCAUCCUCAGUGUGGGACUACUAUUCUUUGGGGGCCUCUGCGUGGCAGCGAGUGAGUUCUACAAAAGCAGGCACAAUGUCAUUCUCAGUGCGGGGAUCUUUUUUGUAUCUGCAGGAUUAAGUAACAUCAUCGGGAUUAUAGUUUAUAUCUCAGCAAAUGCUGGAGACCCUGGCCAAAGUGACUCCAAAAAAAGUUACUCCUACGGCUGGUCCUUUUAUUUCGGAGCCUUAUCUUUCAUCAUCGCAGAAAUCGUGGGUGUCAUCGCCGUGCACAUAUACAUUGAGAAGCACAGGCAGAUCCGGGCCAAAUCACAUUCUGAGUUGCUGAAGAAAUCCACCUUUGCCCGCCUCCCACCCUACAGGUACAGGUUCCGGAGGCGAUCCAGCUCCCGGUCCACAGAACCCUGCUCCCGAGACCUGUCCCCUAUCAGCAAAGGCUUCCACACCAUCCCUUCCACUGACAUCUCCAUGUUCACCCUCUCCCGGGACCCCUCCAAGGUCACAAUGGGGACCCUCCUCAACUCCGAUCGAGACCAUACGUUUUUACAGCUCCACAACUCCAUUCCCAAAGAGUUCAAGGAGUCACUGCACAAUAAUCCUGCCAACAGGCGCACCACACCUGUCUGAGUGGACCUUGGCCCUCUGCCCUCUGCCCAGUCUUUCCCAUGCCCAGUGCAGCCUUUGGGGGAAGUGUACAGAGGUUUCUGUCAGAUUGCAUGGCAUAGUCCCCGUGAUGGUAUUACCAGUGAAACCCUUGUUUAUAAAGAAUAAAACCAAAUGGGCCUCAGCCCUCCCCCCAGUCUUUACUCCUCUGCCCUCCUUUCUGAGACAGUUUCCCUUUCUGAGGUCCUAGCCUGAAAGCCAGCCCUACAUGACCAAUCAGUUUCUGGGUCUCUCAGUGCCAGAUGUUUCCUCCUCUUUCUUCAUUGGAUAGAAAGAUCUUGGCCUUCUUUCCUCCUUCAUCCAGAAAGGAUCUGGAGGCAUUCCAAAUGGAUUGGGGGAGGGCUCCACCAAUCAUGUGAAUAGGUAUAUAUCCCUAUCAUCCAUCCACACUGAGCCUCUGCAGAUCCAGUGACUCGGGAGUCCCACUCCAGGGGGAAUCAUUAACCUGAUAGUUACGUGUUACAAGAAAUUGCCUAGAAAUCAAGAACGUCCAA